AUGACCUCCCCAAUCAAAACCUACGAAAUCAUCAACCAAAACACCUUCCGAGCAAAACACUUCGAAGUCCGCCAAAAUGGAAUCCCAAUCUUAUGGAUCAACACACAAUCACAUUUCCUCGAACCACCUCAAAUCAACAUUCAAACACAAUCCUCCAACGGACCGAUCCUAGCAGCUGCGAAACUGAGAGCCAUGAAGUCCGGGUGUAGAGUUAUUGUCGGAAAUCCUGAUGCUACGUCCAAAGAACAGUGGAAUGAUGUUGCGAAGGAGAAUUUUAGAGGGAAUUGUUAUGGUUUUUCGUGUGGGGGAAGGAGGUUUUUGUGGAAGAGAACCCACCAAAAAGCCCUCGGCGCCUCAACUUGGGGCUCCACAGACUUCAAACUCAUCGACUCCACCUCUCCCGAAACCAUCUUAGCAGUCUCUAUAAAACCCAUCUGUUGGUCUUUAGAAUCCAGAAGUCUGAAAUUUUAUACCGAAUUGGGGCAAGAAUUGGAACUUAUGGCUAUGGCUGCGAUAAUGGGGAUUGAGGAGAAGAAUAGGAGGAAUAAGAAUGCUGCGGCUGCGAGUGGAAAGACACAUUUUCGUGAACUCCGCGUUAGCAUGGGUAUCGAAUUCACUAACGUACCAGACGGAACGACAGAAACUGACGAGGACAUCGAUAGCGACUCUCAUGGUCGUGGUCUUGAGGUUCGAGCUAGUUCGGAGAAGGUGUUGAAGGUUGCGAAGAUUACUUGGUGGUUGUUGAGGACGUAG